UUAUUCUUAAAAUCUGAAUCAAGAAAGACGAAAAAAUCCUACCAAUAGAAAUAACUUUUUACUUUAUUUAUUAUUAUUAUUUUUCAAAAAGAGCGCACUCUAGUGAUUGAUUACCUCCUGAGCAAUUCCUUUGGCACUGGGGUGUCGUUGAAAGGCUCACACUUUAACCUUAAUACGAAACAAGGAUGUGACUUUGAUCUGUUGGCUGAACCGGGAAUACAUGGGCCGUCGUCCCGGGAAGAGAAGAACACAAGUCAAAUACUAAACACAGAGAAGAAUGGCAACAGUGUCGGCAUGGGUAGGCGGGGGUUUAACGGUCGACGAUCGCCGGAUUCUCGUCGCACUUAACAGCGCAGCCUCUAGCCUUUCCUUCGUUGGAUCCGCCUUCAUAGUCCUCUGUUAUUGCCUCUUCAAGGAGCUUCGCAAGUUUUCCUUCAAGCUCGUCUUCUACCUUGCCCUCUCCGACAUGCUUUGCAGUUUCUUCAGCAUAGUCGGAGAUCCGUCGAAAGGAUUCUUUUGUUAUGCACAGGCGUAUAGCACCCAUUUUUUCUGCGUGGCUUCCUUCUUGUGGACAACAACUAUUGCUUUUACCCUUCAUCGCACUGUCGUCCGACACAAGACAGAUGUUGAAGACUUGGAAGCCAUGUUUCACCUCUAUGUUUGGGGAACUUCACUUGUUAUGACUGUCAUACGAUCUUUUGGUCAUAACCACUCACACUUGGGCGCCUGGUGCUGGAUACAAACUGGCCGCACAGGAAAGGCAGUUCACUUUAUAACAUUCUAUGCACCUCUUUGGGGUGCAAUUCUCUACAAUGGCUAUACAUACUUCCAAGUAAUACGCAUGCUAAACAACGUAACACGUAUGGCUGUGGGCAUGUCAGAUCGGUCAUAUCAGUUCGAUUCAAGAGCAGACAUGAAGGCUUUGAACCGGUGGGGAUACUAUCCGCUUAUUCUAAUAGGAUCAUGGGCAUUUGGCACAAUCAACCUUAUUCAUGAUUUCAUUGAGCCAGGACACAGAAUCUUUUGGCUCUCGUUUCUCGAUGUUGGAACUGCUGCGCUUAUGGGCCUAUUCAACUCAAUAGCAUAUGGACUGAACUCUUCAGUGCGGCGAGCAAUUUAUGAAAGAUUAGAAUUGUUCUGGCCAGAUAGAUUUAAAAGAUGGCUUCCAAGCAGCGCAAGGUCCAGAAACCAGCAGCCACAAAGUGAGAUGGUGUCGUUAAAAAUUCAGGAUGAGCAAUAGGAGGAAAUUGGUCAUCAUCUACUUCAACUCCCAGCAUUUAUUUAUUCAUUGCCCGAGAGAGAAAGAUGGAAAAUGAAGAGGUGUGGCAUGCAGGGGAAAAGCGAGUUUCAUCAGUUUUUCAUUUCUUUGGAGCAAAGCCAUUGUGAUCCACCAUCUAACAGGCCUUCUCUUUAAGAAUUGGUUCUCAUUGCAUGGGGUGGAAUUAGUCUGUACAAUUUUUACUUGUAUUUAUUGUGUUUUUUUCUUUGGCUUCAGAAAGCUGCCUUGUUUCUUUUCCUCAAUCUUUGUUGAUGUAUAUGGUUGAUUACUUUUUAUUUAUACACCUUAAGAGUAGUUGCUGGUA